GUCUCCUUUCAUCCUUCUCGGCAAUACCUGCUUCUCUCCAGUAGGUGGCGCACUGCUCGCUGCUGCCACACUCCAUGGGCUCCAUCCGGCGAUCUGGUUCGCCCCUUUCACUCGAUUGUUCCGCCCUAGUGUUUAUUCUCUUCCGCUUCCGGGUCAGGUCCCCUCUUUCCGUGCAGUCGCUGCCGCUGCUGGCAGGAUGGUGAACGUCCCCAAAACCCGCAGGACUUACUGCAAGAAAUGUGGCAAGCACCAGCCCCACAAAGUGACCCAGUACAAGAAGGGGAAGGACUCUCUCUAUGCUCAGGGAAAGAGGAGAUAUGAUCGGAAGCAGAGUGGUUAUGGUGGUCAGACAAAGCCUAUCUUCCGUAAGAAGGCCAAAACCACAAAGAAGAUUGUGCUGAGGCUUGAGUGUGUGGAGCCGAACUGCAGGUCCAAGAGAAUGCUGGCCAUUAAGAGGUGCAAGCACUUUGAGCUGGGAGGAGACAAGAAGAGAAAGGGCCAGGUGAUCCAGUUCUAAACUCCAUCUUGUUCAUUGUUAUGGAAUCCAUUAAAGUUUGUGGAAAGAA